ACUCCGAUCCAGUGGGUGGCGGUCUACCAACCCCAAAUAAAAAAACAAAUAAAAAAGAAGUGUAUUUCCACUGCAACGCUACCUGGACCUCAGCCCAGGUGAUGAUACGGAUGUCAUUGAUGCUGAAAUGCUGUGAUGCUCUCCACAAAGCACACACAAGCUGCAGAUCACUGGGGAGCCGAUCAGAUAUAGGAGGAGCGAACAGCGAUGAGCACCGCGGUGGCGCAGUCAUCCUGCGACCCGGCAGGGAUGGGUCAACCAGAAGCCCCGGGUCUCGGCUCCGGAGCCCCGGGUCUCGGCUCCGGAGCCCCGGGUCUCGGCUCCGGAGCCUCGGGUCUGGGUCCACAAGGAGUCCCGGAUCUCGGCUCUGGAUGCCCAGAGCGGCCCCAGCUCCUGGUCGCGGUACCUGGUUGCGACCCAAGCCGGGUGAACGACCUGCUGGUGCUCCGACCUUCCGAGUGGUACCACUGCCGUGGGUCCACCGCAGAGCUGGACCGGAGCAGUAACGACCAUGUGGUGUUCUUUCAUGGAGAUAUUCAGAACCUCCAGGAUGAGAUGGCCGUCCAGCCCGAGGGGGCCAAGUGGCUGUCCUGGAGCCUGGAGCAGGUGGGCCUCUCCCUGGGCCGGCGGUUCCCGGGCCGCACCGUGUGGGUGGUGCGCGCCUCCAGCAUGUACCUCCACAUGUUCAGCAGCUACCACAACUUUGUGGAGGGCAACCUGUUCGGGGCCCCAGAGCACCGGCCCUACGCCCCCGACUCGGGGGCCUUCCAGCACCUCAGGGGACUGUUGAGUCACGGCAUGCAGCGAGCCGGCCUGCCACACCCUCUUCCACCACCGGGGGGCGCCAGCGCCGUGCCCCCCGGGUUCUCCUUAACGCUGGUGGGCUUCAGUAAGGGCUGCGUGGUGCUGAACCAGAUGGUGUACGAGAUGGCCGGGGCGCGGGCGGACCCCCGGAUGGCGCCCUUCGUCGAGAGCGUUUCGGACAUCUACUGGCUGGACGGCGGGCACCCGGGAGGGGGCGGGACCUGGGUGACGGACAAGGCGGCGCUGAGGGAGCUGGCGUCCAGCGGCGCGGAGCUUCAUGCCCACGUGACGCCCUACGAGGUGCGCGACCCCAUGCGGGCCUGGGUGGGGCGCGAGCAUGACGCCUUCGUGAAGACCUUGGUGGAGCUGGGGGCGCGGCUCACCCACCAGGUCCACUUUGAGGACGAGCCCCCCUCCAUAGAGAACCACUUCAGGGUCAUCCAGGAGUUCUGAGAGGGUCUCUUAUUGUUCUUGCUUAGCAACAUGGCCGCCAGUGUCACCUCCUCCCUCUGUUUGAGGACUGUUAAGCUGAUCUCAAUGUUAUUUAUACACAUUACCUCGGUCACUUUGGCUUUUUGUGCUGGUCUUGCCUCAGCAUUCCUGGGAUUUUAAGUGUUGUGAGAGCAGACUCGAAAUGCUUGCGUCGUGCACUUUUCCUUUUCCAGUGCUUUAGCGCAGCUGAUUUUUGGAGGGGAUGAAGUCUUAAUUUGUUGUCAAUUGCAAAGUCGCCAAUGGCAGCACCUUUAUAAAUGGCCCAAUCAUUCCAUCAUCUUAUAUAUUGUUUAAAAGGUGGUUUACAGGUGAAGCUGAAGCCUCCGGUCUGUAUGUGUUUGUAUAGAUAUAUAUACAGUAGAGAGUUAUACAGUACAUAUAGAUCUCCCACUCAAGUCUCACAGUGGGUGUCUGUCUCACUGCUCAUAGAAGAGAAGGUUGGGUAGAAACCCAGGAAGGAGAACCUAUUGAAUGGCUCUGGAUCCCGGGUCUUAAAUUACUUUAUAUCUGUUGUCUCUCAAUAAUGCCGCUUGUAUUCAUGGAUAUGCAAGUAUGGCUGGGAUGCAGCCAAGAUGCUUGUUUGCAAAGGGAAGGAAUUGGUUAAGUUUAACGUCCUCCAUUGUUUUCCACAACUAGAUUUUGAAUGCAGUGAAAGCAUCCUUAAAAGGGGUGGUUCGGAAUUUUGGACAUGGGGCCCGAUUCCCAAGUUAGCCUUGGUGUUCUUUAUCAUUGGACACAAUUUAACACAUUUCAUUCAGUCCUUCUAGUUGCAGAGUAACUGGGUAAGAUUGUUUUAUUAGCAGGCUAGUAUUGCCCAUUGCCGUGCGCUAGCUUAGCACAAGCAAACUGCAACUAGAAGGACUGAAUGAAAUGUGUUAAACGGUCUCUAAUAAUAAAGAACACCAAGGCUAACUUGGGAAUCAGGCCCUACGUCCAAAAUUCCGAACUACGCCUUUAAUAUUAAUAUAGCCAAAAAUUGACUCAAUUGUUAAAUCAAUCGGAUGGUGAAUUCUGUUAGCAUGCAUUGCUUUUAUGCACAACUGCAAAGCUUAUUUGACUAAAUGUACCAUACUUGAAACCAUUCCAUUAAUGUUUACCCGCUGUUAAGCCCUUAAGUCAAUCCUAAUAGGAUGUACAGGGUUGGGGCCUGUAACGUCUUUUAAGACCAAGGCUUAACAUGUAUAAAGCUUGUUUGUAUCAAAAUAAAUCGAUUCUGGUAUGUUAA